AUGGAAUUCGACUGGUCGACGCCCUUUCCGGAGGGUGUCAUAUCCUUCCUGGAUACAGACUUGUACAAGCUGACCAUGCAAUGCGCCGUCUUCAAAUACUAUCGCGAUGUCCCGGUCACAUAUGCCUUUACGAAUCGCACACCAGAGAAGAAGCUUUCGAGAAAGGCGUUCAAGUGGCUUGACUUGCAAAUCAGUAAAUUGGGAAAUAUCUCUUUGUCCGAUGAAGAGUUGCGAUAUCUGCGGAAGCAUUGCUCCUACCUCAGCUCCGACUAUCUUGACUUCUUGAAAGAAUUCCGACUGUCGCCCCGUGAACAAGUUUCGGCCACCUUUACAGUUGUUGGCGACGAUACUGGAAGCGACGACGACGUCGGCGAUGUUCACCUCGAUAUUCGUGGCAACUGGGUCGACACCAUUCUCUACGAGAUCCCUCUGUUGGCACUCACUUCCGAGGCCUACUUCAAGUUCAUGGACAAGGACUGGAACUACGAUGGUCAGGAGGAAAAGGCGUUCCAGAAAGGAAUAAAGUUGCUGGAAGCCGGCUGUAUCACCUCGGAGUUCGGCACGCGCCGCCGAAGAGACUACCACACACAGGCCUUGGUCUUCCGAGGAUUCGUCAGAGCAAGCAAAGUAGGACAGGAGCGAGGCUUGCCUGGCAAGAUUUCUGGCACCAGCAAUGUCCACUUGGCCAUGCGCUUCAACCUUCCGCCUGUUGGAACUGUUGCUCACGAGUGGUUCAUGGGAAUUGCUGCCAUAGUAGACGACUACCCCAACGCUACCGAGGCUGCCCUGCAAAGAUGGAUUGGCUGCUUUGGUGAAGGCACUUUGGGUAUAGCACUCACCGACACCUUCGGCACCAGGGCUUUUUUGGAGGCCUUCAAAAAGCCUGUCAGAUACCUACCUGGAACACCAAAUAUCCCCCUGGACCGCGAGGACACUGUCUCGUCCAAGACGUAUGCUGAGGUGUUUGCUGGUGUACGUCAAGAUUCGGGCGACCCUGCUGAUUUUGUCAGAAUGAUGCGCGAAUUCUACGACGAGCAGGGCAUCAAGGACAAGAAGACCGUUGUUUUCUCUGACUCAUUGGAUAUUGAAAAGUGCAUCGAGUACAAGAAGAUAUCCGACGAUGCUGGUCUCCAGCCCACGUUUGGUGUCGGUACAUUCCUCACCAAUGACUUUAUCUCACUGAGUACUGGCAAGAAGUCGACUCCUUUAAAUAUUGUCAUCAAGCUGAGCUCGGCUGCGGGUAAUCCGGCUGUCAAGAUUAGCGACAACAUUGGAAAGAAUACUGGUGACUCUGCCAAGGUGGCCGAAGUAAAGAAGACCCUUGGUUAUCAAGAGAAGUCUUGGGAAGGUGGCGAUGAGACCUCCAGAUGGGGUAAAUAA